CAUUGGAGUGAACAAUUCUGAACUUUCAAUCACUGAUCUUUAUGAAAUAACCGCUGCUAUCACGAAACAACAACAAGAACAGUACGAAAAUGCAGUUCCGAAAUACACUUCGAGACCCACAGUUCAAAAAGGAAAAAUUUGAUGACAGUAAAUUUUAUCACUUUGUUUUAUUUGACAUCGAGACAAAUUCAACGGGAAAAUCAGCAGAAGUAUGUCAGCUCGCUGCCGUGGAUAGGUCAGGUAAACAAUUCUCAUGCUAUAUUCUACCAACCAGAGACAUAGAUUCUCACGCGUCAAAGGUCAACAAACUUACAGUUAAAACUGUCAAUGGAAUCCGCCGACUUUUCAAUAAUAAUCGACUAGUAGAAGCCUUUGAGUUAUCGCAAGUACUUAGGCAGUUCUUAACUUUUUUGAGGGCCAGCAUAGAUUCAGCUUCAACACGAUCCACAAAGCCUGUUUGCACAAUCUUGGCUGGACACAACGCCGCCACAUUUGAUAUUCCAAUACUUCUUCGAAACGGUGGCGAAAAUUUUAUCGCGGAGCUCAGUUCCAUCAGUUCCAUCCGGUUUGCAGACACUCUGACACUGAUGAAAUCACUCAUCAAAAGCAAGCACUCUUCCAUCCAAAACGCAGAAGGUAAAUUUCCAAAGCCUGGGCAGAGUUCUGUUUACGAACAUUUAUUUCAAACCACCUUUGAUGCCCACGACGCCCUAGAGGACGUGAUCGCUCUUCGAAGAAUCUUGCUUUCGCCUAGGUUGGCUUUGUCUGAUGAAAUGCUGGUGAACAGAAGUUCUGUAAUCUCUGUCAAGGACGCCGCCGAAGACCUGAAAUAUCUUGACAACCGUCAU